AUGGACACUGGUGUUAUUGAAGGAGGAUUAAAUGUUACGUUGAUAAUCAGGCUGCUCAUGCAUGGCAAGGAGGUUGGAAGUAUAAUUGGAAAGAAAGGAGAAUCUGUGAAAAAGAUGCAUGAGGAGAGUGGGGCCCGGAUAAACAUCUCAGAAGGUAAUUGCCCUGAACGAAUUAUCACUCUUGCGGGACCUACAAAUGCCAUCUUUAAAGCAUUCUCUAUGAUCAUUGAAAAACUGGAAGAAGAUAUUAGCAGCUCUAUGACAAAUAGUACUACAUCCAGCAAACCACCUGUGAAGCUGCGUCUUGUGUUUCCUGCUUGUCAGUGUGGCUCCCUAAUUGGGAAAGGUGGUUGUAAAAUUAAAGAGAUUAGAGAGAGCACAGGGGUUCAGGUCCAAGUGGCUGGAGAUAUGCUUCCCAACUUAACUGAGCGUGCAAUCACUAUAGCUGGCAUUCCUCAGUCCAUCAUUGAAUGUGUCAAGCAGAUAUGCGUCAUCAUGCUGGUGUCUUAUCCAAAAGGAGUUUUGGACCAUCCCAUAUCGACCUAAGCCUUCCAGCUCUCCGGUUAUUUUCGCAGGUGGUCAGGUUUUACGCCAGCCCGGAGGGCACGUAUGUGAGACUGACCUGUGGGAGGGGCUAAGGUCCCACACAGGGGGGGGGGUCUCCCUAGAUGCUGUGGAUCCCCAUGGGGCCUACACCAUUCAAGGACAGUAUGCCAUUCCUCAGCCUGAUCUGACCAAGUUGCACCAGCUGGCAAUGCAACAGUCUCACUUUCCUAUGUGUCACAGUGGCAACAACGGAUUCAGUGGAGGCAUUGAUGCAUCGGCUCAAACCACUUCUCACGAACUCACCAUUCCAAAUGAUUUGAUCGGUUGUAUCAUUGGAUGUCAAGGAGCUAAAAUAAAUGAGAUUCGUCAGAUGUCUAGGGCACAGAUUGCUAAUCCUGUGGAAGGUUGCACUGAUUGA